GGCUCAGCUCGGACAGUACACAAUGUGGACCUCGUUAAUAUUUUUGUCUCUGGCCUUUACUCAAAUUUAUGGCCAAGGAUUUCAAUUAUUUUUUGGAACAACACAAGGAAUAACUGAAUGUAAAGACAAAUUACCAAAUUGUUUUGCAUUUAAAAAAGAUUCUUGUAAAGCACCAUAUGAAAAAUGGGCUCAUGAUUACUGUCCACUGUAUUGUGGAUUCUGCCAAGGUCCACCAACUCCAGCACCAGCUUGUGAAGACACGAAAAGUGAUUGCGAUUCAUACCAAAAAAGUGUGUGUACUGAUGAUGUAUACAGACAAUGGAGCUAUGAUAAUUGUCGGUACUACUGCCGACUCUGUACACCGGCACAGCUAGCCUUGAAAGACAGUCAAAUAACAACUUUACCGCCAGCGUUAUGCGUUGAUAAACUUGAUGACUGUAAAUUGUAUGGUAAAGAUUCAUGUACUGGAGAAUACAGCGGCUGGGCUAAGGAGAACUGUAGACGUUUUUGUGGAUUCUGCGUCGGUCUACCCACACCUGCACCACCAUGUAGAGAUGUUAUACCCAAUUGUAAUCGGUACCAAAAGAAUACAUGUACAGACAUUAAGUACAAAGGAUGGGCGGAGGAAAACUGUAAUAAAUUUUGUGGUUUCUGCUCUGAUGGAAGUAGUAGUGGUAAUCAGCCAUCUGUAACCUCUGCUCCAACAUUUGCACCACCAUUUCCACAAGCAUCAGGUACAAUGGCACCUCCUUUACCUGGUGGAAAACGAAGAAAUCUUGGAGCAGGAUCAAGUGCCUCGGAGGGAAAUAAUGUAUUUUUUGGAACAGACAAACCUAAAGCCACUCAAAAACCUACACCCGCACCAACAACAACAACCCCAGCCCCAACAACAACGACCCAAGCACCAACUACCACUACUCCUCAGCCAACAACCACUACAGAGGCCCCAACAACACCUAAGCCAAAACCUAAAGACAAUGCUCUAUCAAUAGGAUCAAGUGCUGGAGGACAAAAAAAACCAAACGUUAUUGAUUUUGGAAACAACAGUGAACUGACAACCACAGGAACCGGAACCGGAUCAUCAGCAGGAGGAGCAACAACCGCACCACCUGAUAAACAAAGUACCGAACUUCCAACACAAGCACCAGUAAAAACGCAACCUCCAACACAGGCACCAGUAAAAACGCAACCCCCAACACAGGCACCAGUAAAAACACAACCUCCAACACAGGCUCCAGUAAAAACGCAACCCCCAACAAAGGCACCAGUCAAAACACAACCUCCAACUCAACCUCCACCAACAAAAGAAAUCCCAACUCAACCUCCUACAAAGGCUCCAGUAAAAACACAACCUCCUACAAAUGUUCCAGUAAAAACACAACCUCCUACAAAGGCUCCAGUAAAAACACAACCUCCAACAAAGGCUCCAGUAACAACUCAAGCGCCACCAGCAACUACACAAGGAACAACAGCUGCAGCAACAAAUGCAACUGGAAACAAUACUGAUAGUGGUACAGGAUCUCAACCAAAUAAUAGUAAACCACCAAUGAGUGGAACCACAGCCAGUCCAGCUGGCACAACUUCCGGUUCAGGAAUGGUUGGAUCAACUGCCGGAAGUGGAAGCGUUUCAACAGCAGGAACCGGAGCUGCUACAGGAUCAAAUAAUGGUACUAAAAACGGAACAUCUGCCGGAACAGGCUCCGGGCCAAAUUCAGGAACUACUAUGAAAGUGCCACCAACUCCAUUAGCUUCAUCAACCAUGAAAGGACCCACCAAACCUCAAACAACACAAGCACCUGCUCCAACAAACCCUCCGUCAUCCAAAGCUCCUGUCACGUCAGCCCCUGUUAAGACCAAUCCUUCUCAAUCUAACCCUCCAGCUCCAACAAAACCUGUCACAACACCAAUGCCAGGUACAUUAACGCCACCUACAAACACAGUGACCUACCCGAACAUCAACGUUACAGACAAGUACAGCAAUACAGAUGCUAAUAACACAAAUACAGAAUGCAAAGAUUUGAUAAAUUGCCGAGCAUAUCCUCCUGAAAAGAUUUGUGUCAACGAUAGCGUUUAUAAGCCAUGGGCUAGUGUAAGAUGCAGGGCAUACUGUGGAUACUGUAUUCAGAAUACCUCUCCAGUUCCAUGUGUAGAUAAGAUUCCCAACUGUAACGAAUAUGAUGCAGAUCUUUGUACUAAUCCACUCUAUAGAUUGUUUAGAGAGGAUAACUGUCUGAAAUUCUGUAAUUUAUGUAAAGGUGGUUCUCCUACUGCACCAUCACCAGGUAAAAGAGAUUAUGAAAAAGAAGAUGAAACUAUAGAAUUUUACUAGGAUUAUAGCAUUACUUACUCAUUUUUCAUAUUAAAAUGUAUUUAUCUCG